CUGGGGAAAUCCCAUGAUGACAUAGUGACAUCGCUCCCAAAAGAUGAAGAUGCCCCCGAGCUAGAGUCACGACUUCAAUUCCAUAAGCAAUUUAUGAUAGGAGCGCAAAGUAACAGAGCGGGGUUAGGAUCAAAUAGGAAAGUCCAAGAUGCGGAUAUAUUGAAGUCUUUUAUUCGGCAAGACGAGAAUGAUAAAUAUAAGAUCCAUGCAAUGAAUUUAGAAAUGCAGAACGAGUGGCUAGACAUAGGAGAUUUUUGCAUCCCAUUAGCAUUAAAAUGGCGCACUUUAAUUUAUGAUUGGUCGCCAGCAUUGCUAAAAUUCUAUCUCAAUGCGUUCCAGAUGACUCUCCCAGAUCAGAGUAAUUUAGUAAGAUGGGGUAAAAGUACCGAAAAAACUUGCUAUAUCUGUGGAAAGGCAGUUGGAACUGCUAAGCAUCUCUGCUGGUGGGAUGUAAGUCUUUCGGUAGCCAGAGCGCAAAAGGGAAUAACCACAAACGAACGAUCAGUAGGUUUUGUGAGAGAAGGCACUAGGGCUACAAAAUCAAACGUCAAGCCUUACUCCAUCCUUAAAGCGGCGUCGGAUUGGACUAUAAUGAUGGACACGUAUGAAAAACAAUAUAAAAUCCCCGAGGAUAUUUGUGCGUCGGCCUCCAGACCGGAUAUAUUUUUGUUUUCGCGAAUUUUAAAGCGCGUAGUGAUGAUAGAGCUUACGGUCCCUUGGGAAACCAACAUCCCCAAAGACCAUACCAUCAAGGUCAACAAAUAUUACGAGCUCACAAACGAACUCACUCGAAAUAGGUUCGUAGUAGAUUUGUACGCGGUAGAGGUGGGAGCGAGAGGUAUAACAGCGAAAUCUCUCUAUAACCUACUAAAGGACUUGGGCUUGUCCAGAACUCACAUUAAUGCAUUCUUGGAACGUAUAUCGAAGGCAGCCCUAGUAGGUUCUUUUCAAAUUUGGUUGGACAGUGGAGGUGAUCGUAUAACGCGCGUUAGUUAA